AUGUCCAAUGCCACCCCCCAGCAGAUGGAACUCACAGCCAUGCCUUCGGCCGGACCAUCAGAAAAACACCAGCAAGAACCUUUUUCAGGAAGAAGACACCCACUCCAUCCACCCCCUCAGCCAGCUCACGAAUAUCCGCAAGCACGUGUUGCUCGCGGUCUUCUGUCUCUGCUCCUUCAUCGAUGUCACAUCCGUCACAGACAUCCUGGUGGUCUCGGUAACGUCUUUGGUCUCGUCAUCGCCGGUCUCUGUAUGGAAGCUUCCUACAAGUGGUUCUUCCGUGUCAUUGCCAUCCUCUGCUUUGCCUCCACUGCCGUCACUCUCAUUUUCCUGCCCCACACCCCUGCCGCUCCUUCCAAAGACGGUGUGCCAAAGUGGCGCAAAAUGGAUGUGCCGGUCUUACCCAAGGCCCCAUUGAUGGAUGGGGAUCUGCCUCUUUCAUCGCGCCCUUCAUCGUCUGCUGACCUCUUGCCAUCGGCUUCUUCUACUGGGAGUCCAAGCUUCCCCCAGCCACUGCCAUCCUUCCCAGCACCGUCUGAAGCAUUACCAACCCCUUCAUCGCCUCCCUUGUCGUGCUCGUCCCCAUGGCCUUCUGGGGUACCUCCCAGCUCUUCUCGCCUUUGGCUGGAAGCCUCUGCACGUCUCGGCUGCGAUGCUCCCGCAAGUAAUUAUGACCCUCAUAUUGUCGGCGCAUUGAGUCAGGUCGUCCCGGCCAUCCUCAACAAGCCCCGCUGGACGAUCCCCAUCGGCGCUGUCCUCAUCAUCAUCGCUGAGAUUCUCCAGAUCAAGUCAAACGGUGGCCCCGGUAAAGACUACUGGCGCUACGUCGCGGUGCCACGUCAUGGCCCUGCAAGCUGGUUUCAAGAAGGCAAAGCUGAUUUCCGUCAUGUCAUGGUGAUCGGUCUACACAGCGAUCGACAAGGCGCCGAAACAGGUCAAGGACUAGUGGCGCGACAAGGCAAGUUGGAGAAUGGAGUAGGGAAAGACUGCAUAAAACCCAUCAAUCAAAGGCGAUCAUGA